AUGGCAACUUACUGGCCCCAGUGGCUUACCCAGCCUUUUGUAUCUGCCAAUCAACCUCAAUUCGCCCACGAUGUAAGCGCCUACUAUAACCCAUACACUCGACUCCUUUACCGUCUUUUCAACGGCACACUAGAAGUUAAACCACCAGGAUCCUUUAUCUUGGACUCUAAACGCAAGGAGGCGGAUGAUCAUAUGCGUGACCACUUCCGCACUCUUUGCAAUAGCGUUAUUACGCCUAGGCUUCACGGUAUUAGUGCAUUUGGAACUCGUCUGGCUUUUUAUGAAUACGUAUCCGCAACCACACGGGUCACUCCGCCUGGGAUUGCACCUGAUCCAGAAUACAUCAACGACAUGGCUCCCGCUGAACGAUGGACCCACGACCUCCUUGAUCUCAGCGGUGCGGCUCAAAUCCUCGAGGUUGUCCGGGACGUUUUGACUAUGUGUGAGGAUGGUGAGCAAUUGAAACUCGUGAUUAGCGUGAGCAUCGAAUUGAUGCCCAUUGCCUAUGCGUUGAUACAGGCAUCGACUCUGUAG